GUUAUCUUGUACAUUUUUAGCUCACAGGCCAUUUUUUUUUUGUUGGGCUUCAAUGAAAUGCUAGCGGUUCAUACAAAUCCUAUAGUUCUCUGCAGGAGUUGAGCUCUGGUGGUUCCAAGUCUUGGCGUCACCAUGGAAGCGAUUGGUUUGUGACAUGCUGCGCCAUUUUGAUUCCAAACACACCACCGGGAGCGUCGUGGAAAAGAUAUGUGUAUAUAUAUAUGUGUAUAUAUCAACCGUGGACCGCGAAUAAAACUACAAACAAGUUUCCAAGCUUGAGCGCCUCGAGUCUGGACUUAAACGCCUUGUGUGCUGCUUUACAGUCGGCGACUGCGCUUUUUGUAACGCUGCUAAUUCACAGCAACGCUGGUAUGUGAUGCCUGAAACUGCAUAGCGGUGUGUUUGUGUUUGUUCAAGUUAGGCUCGCAGCACGCAAAACACGCUGCUGAACAUAAUUAAGACCUCUUUCUUGGUGACCACGUUCUGAAAUCUGUGCUCACACAGGCCUUGUCAAGAUGCGCUUUAUAAAAUCUCAACACAUACACAGGCUCUUACAAAUAACCUCAAAUAGUCUCUUAGCCUUAAGCUUGGCCUUGGACAGACUUUGACGUCGUCAUCAUCAUCGUCAAUGAUGAUUUAUGGACUAAUACCUCCGGAGUUACACGAACAACUCCUUGAUCACAAGAACUACCAAAAUCGAACGAAUGGGAUAGAAGAGCUGAAAACCAUCCUGUCCGAGCUGGACUUGAAAACCGUUUCGUUUGACAGUAUUGUGGAGUUCAUCUACUUUUUACACAGGCUCCUGGACGACACCAACUUUAAAGUCUUGUACGGCACUUUACAGGUCCUGAACCUCCUUGUUCAAAAGCUGGACUACGAUGUGGACAGAUAUUACAAACAGAUCGCGCAUGUGGCCCUCAAAACCCUGGGGGACACGCGCGCCGUUCCUCGGAACGAAUACAUGAACAUUUUUCGGCAGCUCAUGAGGAUCGUAGGGCCGCAGAAAGUUCUGGACCUUGUAACGGGACACUUGAAGCACAAAAACUCGAGAGUAAGAGAGGAUGUUCUGAACAUCGUUAUAGCUGCCGUGCUGGCGCACCCCAGGAAAGACUUCAACAUCCCGCAUCUGUGCUUUCUGGUCGCUCCUUAUCUUGCAGACAGCAAGAAGAGGGUGCGACACGCAGCCCUGGAGCUCUUCGCUGUUUUCGAUUACUGUCUUGACACGGGUAAGAAGCAGCCGAUCAUGAAGGCUAUAGACAGGGUGGAGCUCACCGGUGACGCUGAGGGCCUUAUGGCUGCCGUACAGGCACGAAGGGCCAGGCAUGUCCUUCCUCGGGUAUGUGCGGAUGGUACGGUGGAAUACGCGCUGGUUAUCCCCAAACCUGGCCAACGGCGCACGCCCCAGUUCGGCUCCGGAGCCGAUCUGGAGUGGAUCCUUAACGGAGGCAGAUCGAACAGUGCGAGGAGUCACAGGACGAACGUGAACUCGGAAGGGCUGAAUGCCUACAGCAGUCUUGGUUCCCUGACUGAUGAGAUACCAUUACAGAGGAGGAUAGUGAGUGCCGGCAAGGGCAAAAACAAGCUACCCUGGGAGAGGUCGAGCCUCCCGUCUGCAGGAAAUCAGGAGCCUUGCAGCGCGUCGAAUGGAAAAUUGUCCGACAAGUCAAAUCUUGAAGAUCUCACUACCUCCAUGAGGCUGAAUCAGGAAUCUUGUGUCACACAGUCUGGAUUAGCAGAACCGCUUCAGUCCCACCCGUCUGGCCGGAGGAGAGAAACCGCAGUCAGACUUCGCCGUAGCGGCAGCCUUGACUCGAACCCAGACAUUUUCAAAGCAGCCAGCUCCAGCGAUGCCGAGAGAGGUGUUCCCAGGACAGGUCGUCUGCUAGGGUCCGGAAACUCCAAUGUGGAGCGGACGUUUUCUCUUCCGUCCAAUCCCACUCCUCCUGGCUCCUUUCUGUUGCCCUCCUACCCUCUUGCCACGCUGCCAGGGGUCCAGUUAACUCCCACGCUGUCCCGCAGAAGCCACGCUGUCUCCACGCUCUCCAUGUCCAACACAUGGCCCAACAAUCGAGAGACGAGCCCACGGCGCAGGGAGCCCAGUCCAUGGAGGAAUAAUAACGGCGAGGCUGGCUCCACCAGACGUUCUCCAAUGCACGCUUCUCGGACUAGCGUGGCGUCCUCCUCAUCAUUCCCUCAGGCAAUGAACACAGUCAGGUCUUCUCCACCCAUCUCACCCAUCUCACAGCUGUCUGUGCAGGAUGUGGGGAACCCGAGAGAUCAACGUAGCAGGAAUCUCCGCCUCGACCUGACUGUCAUGAACCUGCAGGAGCCAGAUGAGGAGCCAGUGGACAAGGAGGAGAUGAUGAACUCACUGCGCUCCUUGCGUAACAGCGCAGCUAAGAAGCGGGCAAAGGCAAGCAUGAGUGGCUCAGAGCCGGAUCCAGACAGUCCGGACUCGGCCGUUAAACUCGAGCCAAACCUGGACUCAUCCUCUCGGACCUCCCCGUCCGUGACAAGCCCAAUGAGUGAGAGCAGCCUGUCCAGCCUUUAUUCUCCUACUACUCCCACCAUCAAUGGCACCAAGAGCAGCAGCCCUGGGAACUUGACAUCAAAAACACGUAUCGCCAGAGUGCCUUCGGGGAAAAAGAAAGCUCCUCCUUCCUCCAUGGAACCAAGUCCUCAAGGUGUCCAACCACAGGAAAAGCUUCUUUCUGAUGCGAGUGUCAGUGUUGUUGGUCAGAGAGUGUCUUACUCUAAGGGAGCAGCAGUGGAAGAAAAGCCAAGUGAGACGUCUUCGCCUCCCCACGUUAGACCUGCAGGUCGUGAACCGCUCCGAGCUUUAAGGCCUGCCAAAGAAUCUCAGCUACACAACACUAAGACCACCCCUGUUAGUGACAUGUCUGAGGGAGUAGUUGGGAGAGGAGUUUUUGGCUCUAUGGUCCUUCCAAGCCGACCCGAAGUGGCAGCAUGUCCUGAGCAGGAUGAGUCCAUAAACAAAGCCUCAUGGGAGCCACCAGCUGGAAUAUAUGGCCGUGCUGUCUCUGGAAGUCAUGUUGAUUGUGACGACAGCCCAGAACUUGAUGAGGCAACGGAGAGGGUGAAGCUGUCCAAGAUUGCAAGGGAUAAGAUGCGCCAACAUUGGUUAGAACAGCAAGAAGCCCAGCCUACACCGCGAAUGAGGCAGAGCCUUAGACAUGUAACAUCUGAAGUGACCGCAGAUGAAACAGCAUCUCUGCAAGAGUUGCAACUGAAUGGUAGCGUUUUACCCUCCACUAAGGCUGAAACCCUGACAAGGGAAUCACCUACCAGUCCUACAAGUGCACAAGGACCCCAAAACCCACAAAAGUGUUUCAGUCCCCAUCAUCAGCCGAGCCCUCCUACAGGCCUCCCUAGCAGACACACGCUGCCACGGCGGAGAAGAGCUCCCAGUCUGACCAGAACACAACCAUCUCUCCCCAACAGCUCUGAUGAAAUCAUACCCAUUACCCUAAAGAAGGAUUCCAAUGAGCAGGUGGAGUUGCGGCCAUUCUCCAGACCGGAGCUUGCCCUCACUCAGAGCUUCAGUCUGCUUAACUCGGAUGAUUGGGAGAAAAAAAUCGAGGGGCUCAUGUUCCUGCGCUGUUUGGCACGGUAUCACUCUGACGUGCUUAAUAGUAGGCUUCAUGAAGUCUGCCUUGCUCUCAUUCAAGAGGUUCGUAACCUGCGCUCCGGAGUGUCCCGCAUCGCCGUGGUGACUUUAGGAGAGCUAUACUCUGGCCUGCAGAAGGGAAUGGACCAGGAGCUGGAAGCAACAGCCAAAGUUCUGUUACACAAAACAGGAGAGACCAAUGCAUUCAUUAGACAGGACGUGGAUGCAGCGCUGGACAGCAUGGUGCAGAACUGCACACCUACACGCAGCAUGAACGCCCUGCUUGCUGGAGGACUCGGUCACUUGAACGCAGCCGUAAGGAAGUGCACCGCUCAGCACUUGACUACUCUGGUCGAGAAGAUCGGUACCGGGCGCUUGUUGUCUGGAGCGAAAGAUCUCACGGACCGAAUCUUACCCGCUGUCUCCAAGCUGGUGCAAGACUCUUCACAAGAAACCAGAUAUUUUGGCCGGCAAAUGCUGCUGUUCUUGUCUUCUCACCGAGACUUUGAUAAAAUGGUGGAAAAGUACAUCCCUCCCAAAGACGUGGCAACCAUCAGGGACACCGUCGUCACGCUGAAGACCAAGGGACCAGGUGAGAUGCCUCAGGACACUCCUUCAGCUCGAGGCAGGCGCUCCAUAUCUGGCAGCGGAAUGGUGCGUGCCUCGUCUCUCACUCGAGAGCCUCAGGUUUCCAGCAGCAAAGACAACAACAAAGCUCAGUUCCGCAGCAUCGCGGACAAGACCGAGUAUGUCAAGCAGCUCAAAGCCCUGCUGGCUUCAAAGGACUUCCGGGAACGCAUCAAGGGCAUCGAUCAGCUGGUGACUGACUGUGAGGAAAACCCAUAUAUGGUCAUGGGCAACAUCUUCCCGGUGUUUGAUGCUUUUAAAGAACGGCUGCAGGAGUCAAACAGCAAAGUGAACCUCUAUGCGUUGGAGGCCUUACAGAAGAUAAUCACCUUACUUAAAGACAACUUGGCCCAAGCGGUCUAUAUCCUCGUCCCAGCUGUAGUGGACAACCACCUCAACUCGAAGAAUAAUGGCAUCUACACCGCUGCGACAGGCGCCAUACAUGCUCUGAUCAAUAACCUCGACAACACUCUACUUCUUCAGCCGUUUUGCACAAAGGCGCAGUUUCUCAGUGGGAAGGCUAAACUGGACCUUGUCGAUAGAGUUGCAGAGCUGGUCAGAGAGCUGUACCCCCGCAAGCCACAGCUGGUUGAACAGAAAGCACUCCCUCUGCUUUGGCACCUCCUGGGUUCCUCCUGCAAGAGCGGCACGGUCCACGGCAGGAGUGGCACCAUGAGAGGAGCCACCACCAACCUGUGCCAAGCGCUGCAUGCUCACAUGGGCCCCAUGCUGCUAAAUCAAGCUGCUUCACAACCUUCUAACAUCUCCAAGAGCCUGAAUGAGAUUCUGCACACCCUCACACCCCUCUGAAAUCCACGUUAGAACAUACCCCCAGCUGACAAACUACUUGAAAAUAGAGAUGUUCUCACAUUUCUCACAGUGCCUGCACUUUUAAAAAUAUAUAUAUUAAUUAAUUAAAUAAAAAUAAAGAAUCACACUUCUAUCACUUUGAAUGAGCAAAAAUGCUACGAGUCUUUAAAAAGUCCUGAACUAAAGGAAUAUAGAUCUUAGUUUAUUGUAUAUCAGGUUUAAGAUUCCCAGGAGCCCUGCUCUUUUGGCACUUUGAAUUAGUAACACUAUAAUGAUAAUGUUUUGUCAUGGUGACUUUACUUAUUAUAAUAUUGUUCUGUGAUUGUUGCGGUUAUUUUUAAUAAUUUUUUUUUGCUCUUUGUGAGUUUUACAAAAUGUUGACACAUCCUGAGGCAACGAUGCAGAAUGUAAUAUUUGUGUCAUGUGACUUUUCUACGAGGUGUCUUUAAAUGGUUGUUUUAAACCUUUUGUGCAUUUAUGAUUUACAAACUCUUUUGUAUUGUAUAGCUAUGAAGUGUGAUGGCACAGUAUUAGCUUCAUGUAUGCUAUAUUAUAUUUCAGUAUGUAAUGUGUUGUGUGUGUGUGUGGAGAUGAAAACUCUAUAAUGACUUGUUAACUGAUAAGUUGUACCUGUCCUACUCUCUUCUUGCAUGACCAAAUAUAGAGGUGGAGUGAAAAGAUUAUAUUUCUAGUACAAAAAGAUCUAUUUUGAUGUAUACAGAAAUUAACUCUGGAUGUUAAGCAGCCAUAUUUUUGGUGGAUGGUAAACAGGCAAAACAAAACCAUAUGAUGAAAGCUAGCUUCAUGCUAAUGGAUAUAUUUCUAGUCUACACAUGAAUUUAUGCCCAGGUCUGUAAUUCAGUAUCGUGCCAGUCUUUAAAUACCUUUUUGGAGAUCUAAUGUUAAUUUAUAUUGAACAUGUCUCUCAACAUGGUGUACGACAAAGAUCGAUCUAUAUAAUAAAAUGUUUUAUUUCAGUAAACCUUAACGAUUUGGUGUUUGCUAUACAUGCAUGCAUGCAUUUUUUCGCCCCUAAUGCAUGUGGUAAGAUGAUAAAAAUAAGAAGCUUUGAGUAAAAGUAGGUUGCCAGUAGAGUGGCUUUAACAUGGGGUAAUUUUUGUUGUAUAAUUUGCAAACAAUGUGAGUUUCACAAAAAUUAAUGAGAUCCACAAAUAUUGGGUUUUUUUACAGACUAUAAUGUGGACUCUUCUGAAUUUGUUUGUGGAUCGCUUCAUGUGUGCAUCACUUACGCAUCAUGUGUUUGGAACCCACUGCAUUUAGAUUUCUUAUGCCAACAUGUCAUCCAUUCAAAUGUAUAGGUUUUUUUUUUUUUUUCAAUGAGUUUGCAUCAACUAAUCAAGUUGUGAGACUUUUUGUUAAUUUCCAUGUUACUCUCACCAAUUACAGCAUAAAUGUGCUCAACCAAUCAGCUGAAGAUUAUAAGUAAUGCAGGCUGGGUUAAUAAUGCUUCCCCUACCAGGAGGCCACUCCUAUAGUGGCCUCACACAUCCAGGGUUGGGGGUUUGAAUCCUGCUUCCGCCCUGUGUGCAUGUAGUUUGCGUGUUCUCCCCAGUGCUUCGGGAGUUUCCUCCAGAUACUUCAGUUUCCUCCCCCAGUCCAAAGAUAUGCAUUGUGAUUGGCAUUUCCAAAUCGCCCGUACUGUGUGAAUGGGUUUGUGAUUGUGCCCUGCAAUGAGAUGUCUCCUGUCCAGGGUGUCCACCGCCUCGACAGGCUCCAUGUGGCCCUGUGUAGGAUAAGAGGUACAGAAAAUGGAUGGAUCGAUGGUUAGAUGUCCAGGUACCAUUUACUACAGAACAAAAAGUCCAUGGGGUGGAGUUGGACCUGAUCCAGCUUCUCCACCCUGGAUACAACUUGCGUUUCAGGCUGUAUAAGUAUGUUUAAUGUGUUUUGAGUUUGUACAGCAUUGUGUGGGGUAAGUUUAUAGGAGGAGUCUCAGACUAUCUCCUGGACUUUUUUUUUUUUUUUUGCAACAACCACUGAAAAUGGAUGGACGCAAAAUAUUUGAUGGUGAAUUCGCAUUCAGUGUACGGGUACAAUUAUUAAGUUGCCUACAGGAUAUGCCAUGUGUAUUGACAGGAAUGUUGGGUGUGUGGGUGUUGUGCAGAGAAAUCUAAGGUCUGUAUGUAUAUGCCUGUGUAUAAAUACUCAUAGGUGUUGACCUGGUUGAGGGCCCGAAUGGUCUGCAGGAAGAAGUUUCUCCUCAUUCUCUGUGUUGUAGUAGAGCUUUGAGGGCAGUUUCCCCAAACAGUUUAUUAUUUUUUUUUAGUUGUACAGAUUGAACACCUGAUAAGAUAAAUUAAGGUAUUAUCUGUAUGUGUUACUAUUUGUCACUUGAUCUGAGUUUGGCUUUGAUCUGAGUCUGAUUUUAAGUCACUUUACAUUCAUUGGACAUUAUAUAGCCAAAAGUAUGUGGACACCUGACCAUUACACACGUGUGCGUUUUUGAACACCCCAUUUCAGAUUUAGUCCCCAUUUGCAUAAAUAUUAUAACCUCCACUCUCCUGGGAAGGUUUUCCACUAGAUUUUGGAACGUGGCUGUUGGGAUUUGUGAUCAUUCAGCCACAAGAGCAUAGUGAGGUCAGGCAGUGAUUUCUGGUGAGGAGGCCUGGGGCGCAGUCGGUUUUCAAAUUCAUCCCAAAGGAGUUCAGUGGAGUCGAGAUCAGGGAUCUGUGCAGGCCAACUCGAGAUCUUCUGCUCCAAACUUGGCAAACCAUUUUCACAGUGUCACUGUCAUGUUGGAACAGGUUUAGGCCUCUUAGUUUCAGGGAAGGUAAACUGUAAUGCUACAGUAUACAAAUAUAUCCUAUACAAUUGUGGGUUUGGGUAAGAACCACAUAUGGGUGUGAUGGUCAGGUGUCUACAUACUUUUGGCCAUAUAGUUUUUUCCAUUGAUACUUGGCCAUUUCACAUGUUACUUUAGCACAGUGCAAUACUUUUUCCUCGUGUAGGCCAAAAAAUGUUUCCUCUCUCUUUCCCCACUUACUUGUAUUGUAUUCUUUUUGUUCAAUUUAACUUGAGUAACCGCGUUAUCGUCCCUGCUGAAACCUUGUCCUUGUAAUUGUCCUUUACUGGUAAUUUGUUGCCAUGUUAUGUCUAGUGGAUACCACUGAGGCCCAAUAAUGGUAAUGGUUUUAAUGGUUAGCUGAUGUUUUUCAAUGGUAGGAAACCUUUAGAAUUUCUGUGAUGAUUUCUAUUGUUUUUUGUUGGUUUUUUUUCUUCUUUUCAGCAGGGCUGGUCAGGGUUGUGGUGGAUCCGGAGCCAAUCCCGGCAACACUGGGUGCAAGGUGGGGAGAAUUGACCCCGGAUGUGUUACCAGUCCAUGCCAGGACAUC